UUUGCUUUAAUUUUUCUCCAUUUACGCUGAUGACAAACGUACCAAUCCAUAAAAACUCCAUAAAACCGAUAAUUUGCAUGUGAAUUUUCUAUCUGAAGUAUCUAUGGGAGGUGGAAUUGCCUCGUUCAUGGUGUAAUAUGUGGACGGCAAGAGUCACAUGUCAGGGAUCAGAACGCCAGCCAAGAUUCGCGACUCAGGAUGUAAACACGACCACAUAAUCUGUAUUUUUAACGUCAAAUUGCACUAAAUGGCCGCUUUAAAAGGACUCCUCUAGUUAAUUUACCCAUGAAGAUUCCGUUUUGAGCAUGAGGAGCACAGACAGUCCCACAUCCUGACUACCACACACUACAAGGCCAACAAGGAGUAUUCAAGCAACGCUACUAUGUGCCGUUCAGAUAUUCACUGAAGCUCCAAGCACAAGUCCUACCUAGUACAAAUGUUUCAGUAAAAAGAUGAGUGAAAGGACAGUGAGUUAUUGCAACAGUGACUCAUGUUUGCAGCGAGUCAAUUAUGUGGAAAGUGAUUGCUUCAUGAAUUGAGUGAAAAGAAAAGAAAUGAGUGUGUGAAAUUUCAUCAGAGUGAGAAAAUUAAAAGUAUGAUUUUUUUACACUGACAAAAAAUAGUAUAAGAAUGCAAAUUUGUGUAUGAUGAGCUUGAGGGACAAUGCAAGGACCACAGUCACCACCAGACUCUAGGAAAAGAUGAGACAAAACAAAUCUAAGCUGAGAAUCUAAGCGACAGUCCUGUGGCAGUAUUGCAUACCUGAGAAAUGGUCUAACAGCAGCUGUGUUUUGGGCCACACACAACUCUUGAGUGGCCAGCUAUGAGGGGUGGCUCGUACAGCCUUCUUGCACCCGGUCUGGGAGGCGGUGGUGUGGUGGGGGGUGGGGGACAGCUGGGCCUGGCGGGAGGGUGGCUACUCCGCGCCUCCAGAGUGAUCCCGGCUGUUCUGUGCAUCCUGGUCAUCGCCUCACUGUGUGCUCACUACUACCUGUCCAAGGCGGUGGGUGACUCAGUCUUGGGUCAUGAGCGGCACCUUCUGCUUGACCCACAUGACCCCCUGAGUGACCUGUCUGGCCUCAAGUGUGACAGUGCCAAGGCUCGGGUCCAGGAGCUCCUCUCCAUCAAAGCAUCAGUGCUGAAUGAGCUCCGUGACCUGGAGCAGCACCGGCAGCAGCUGCAGGAGAACAUUGCCUCGGCCUCUACUCGGAUUGAGAAUCUGAGGCAGGAGGAGAGCCGCGUCAAGACUGAGCUGGAGAGACUCAAGACCAGCGUGGAACAAGCAUUACUGGCCCAGCAGGAAGUGUUUGAGAAGAACAUGCCACAGAUCUCAGCGCCCCGCCGCAUCACAGCCUCCAGUCAAGACAGCGUGUCCCUGCCGCUGCCGCCGCCACAGGCUGUGGCACAGUGCCGGAUGCACAGCUGCUUUGACUACUCCCGUUGCUCCCUGCUUUCUAACUUUCCCGUCUAUAACUAUGACAUGGAGCAGUUCAAGAUUGCCUCCAAUGACCUCGAGGCCUUUGUCAAGAUCACUGUGAAGCAAGCACUGGGCUACAACGCCCACGUCACCCAGAACCCCAGCGAGGCAUGUGUGUUUGUGGCACUGCUUGGGGAAGGUGUGGGUGGUGCCCCAGACAGUGUUAACCUGGAGGAGAGUCUGCACAGCCUCCCCCACUGGGGCGGCGAUGGCAGGAACCACAUCCUGCUCAACUUAGGCCGCACCUUCUACAGCAAGAACAUGUUCCAGAGUGUCAACACCGGCCGGGCCAUCAUAGUCCAGUCACACUUUGAUGCCACUGUGUUCCGGCCAGGCUUUGACCUGGUGACUCCUCCUCUCCUGGGCCUCCCUGGCGGCGACCUGUGGAAGAACCUGCCACCCAUCGUGCCUGCCAAGCGAAAGUACCUCCUGUCCUUCCAAGGGGAGCUGCCUAGACUCAGAAGCUACCUUGAGAAAACCCAGCAGCCACCGCCGAACAGCCCACGCCUCAGGGAGGAGAUGGCAAUGGUGGAGGAACUGAGGCGCCUCGAACACACCCACACCGACGACAGAUUCCUGCUGCACUUCACCUGUCGCGGUGGAGGCGGCUACGGAGACCUGGAGGAGUGGAGGAUGUGCGACACAGAGAGCAUGCGGACUCAGGUGCUGCGAGAGUCCACCUUCUCCCUGGUCCUAGCGCCGCCCUCACCACAGGAGCUCACUACCGUCACCCUGCAGGCACGGGUCUACGAGGCACUCAAGUAUGGCGCUGUGCCCGUCGUCCUUGGCAACCACGUGGAGUUGCCGCUCUCGGAGACCAUCGACUGGCGCAAGUUGGCCCUGGUGCUUCCCAAGGCAAGGGUGACGGAGAUACACUUCCUGCUGCGCUCCCUGUCCGACGCUGACCUGCUCUUCAUGAGGCGGCAGGGCAGGAUGGUCUGGGAGAGGUUCUUUGGCUCCACUCAGGUGUUGGUGGACUCUAUCCUGGCCACUCUGAGGGAACGGCUGAACAUUCCCCCAGUGCCUGCACCCGAGCACCCAUCAAGCAGCAUCUUCAAUGACUCCUUUGUGCCUCUCAAGACAGACGCAAACAUCCUGGAUCCAGACACUGAUGAGAACCUGGGCCCCAUAGAACCUCCCUUCCCCUCUAUAGUGUUCAGCCGCAACUACACUGUGGCUCUACUCAGCGGCUACGAGCAAUGGAACAACUGGGGCGAUCCUUUCUACCUGUACCCAAGCCUGCCCUCCAGCCCCCUACUCCCCACUGAGGCUAAGUUCUCUGGCUCGAAGUUAGGGUUUCGUCCCAUCAAUGCAGGCUCGGGUGGAUCUGGGAAGGAGUUCAGUGAGAGUCUUGGUGGUAAUUCUCCCAGGGAACAGUUCACCAUCGUUAUGCUCACCUAUGAAAGGGAACAGGUGCUGCUCAACUCCCUGGCACGUCUAUAUGGUCUGCCGUACCUCAACAAGGUCAUUGUAGUGUGGAAUUCUCCCAAGCCUCCCCCUGAGGACCUGCGCUGGCCGGACAUCAAGGUGCCCAUACAUGUGGUUCGUGCCGAGAGAAACAGCCUCAACAACCGCUUCCUGCCGUACUCCGAGAUAGAGACAGAGGCGGUGCUGUCUGUUGAUGACGAUGCACACCUCAGACACGACGAAAUUGUCUUUGGGUUCAGAGUGUGGCGGGAGGAGAGGGACCGCAUAGUUGGCUUCCCUGGGAGGUACCAUGCCUGGGACCUGAACUACGGUGGCUGGCUCUACAACAGUAACUACUCCUGUGAACUGUCCAUGGUGCUGACUGGUGCGGCAUUCUUCCACAAGUACUACGCCAGCAUGUACUCCCACAUGAUGCCGCAAGCGAUCAGAGACAAAGUGGAUGAAUAUGUCAACUGUGAGGAUAUUGCCAUGAAUUUCCUUGUCUCACACAUCACCAGGAAGCCGCCAGUCAAGGUCACCUCUCGCUGGACGUUCCGCUGCCCUGGCUGUCCUGUGUCUCUCUCUGAGGAUGACUCUCACUUCACCGAGCGUCACAAGUGCAUCAACUUCUUCACUCAGGUGUACGGCUACAACCCACUGCUCAACACACAGUACCGGGUCGACUCAGUGCUGUUCAAGACACGCCUACCGCACGACAAACAGAAGUGCUUUAAGUUCAUCUGAGGUGUAGUGGUGAGUGUGUUGGUGAGUGUGAUGAAGUCAUGGAGUGUGAUGAUUGUGGUGUUUGUGAGUCAUAACAGGUAAUGAGUAUCUUUUUAGUGGUGUAGUGUGGUGGUGAGGAGGAGGAGGAGGAGAACUUGGUGUUUUUAGUCCUGUGUGAUGAGUGUGGUGAGUUUUCCACUUAUCAGUUGUAACAUGGUGAUGACUGUGCUUUAAUUUUAGUCAUGAAGUGUGAUGAGUGUGGUGAACAAAUCCAUGAGGUAUUAUGAGUGUAGUGAACAAAUCCAUGAGGUGAUGAGUGUGGUGAAAUGUUGUGUGUAUGUGUGGUGUUGAUGAGUAUGAUGUCUCACUGUAGGAACUCAGUGAUAUACCGGUGAACUGAGCUUAUGGCAGUGCUCUCUUCUGCCUCCAUUAAAAGAGUAAUUCUUCAGUUUGUCAAGAGGAACUGUAGAGUAUCAAGGUAGUAAUGGAUAAGGAAAAAAAAUGUAAAGAGUCACAAGGAAGCUGUUGGAUUUAUGCAUUCUUUAGGAGAGUAGAAGGUCAUAGGAGUUAUACAGAAGUUUCAAGGACAGUACCAAGGUGUCAUCAGAUGGAAAGUACCAUUGAUGAGUGUAGAUGAGGGGAGUAGAAAUAAUGGUCAUAGCGUUAAAUAGAGGAUUGAAAGACAGCGUUAGAGUAAGGAAAGAAUUACACUGAAAGUCUUGAGGAUUUAGUAAUUUUAAAGAGGAAUAGAAAUUUACACAAAAGUACUCAGUGAUAAUAUUAAUGUAAUGUAAAGUAAUAGUUAAUAUGAUAAGUUUGAGGAACCACAAUAUUAAUGUAACUACAGAUGCAAAAUUCCAUAAAGUAAUAGUUAAUAUGAUAAGUUUGAGGAACCACCAGAGGAAUAUAAAAGAUCAUAAUAGAAAUACCAUACCUCAUGUUUACUAGAGGAAGAAAAGAAAAAUGCAUCUACCUAGUAAAAUGUGAAGGGAAAUAAUGGUAUGAUGGAAUGUAACUUUAUUGAUAGAGGAAAAGAGGAACAUGCAAGAGUACUAAUGAAGGGAAAUAUGAAGUGUGCAAAUUGAAUGUUAGAGUAAAACAUAGUGAAAAGUGUGAAGAAAUAAUGAUACAAAGGAAUACAGUUAUUGAUAGAGAAGAAGUAAACAUGCAAGUGUAGAAAUGAAGGGAAAUGUGAAGUAGUAAUAAUGAAGGAAAAUAUGAAGUAUGAGAAAUGAAUGUGAGAAUGGAUAUAAUGUAAAGUGUGAAGGGAAAUAUGAAGGAAUGCAACGAUUGAUAGAGGAAGAAGAAAACUUGCAAGUGUAGUAAUGAAGGGAUAUGUGAAGUGUGAGGAUUUAUUGUGAGUGUAAAAGAUAGUGGAAGAAGAGAAGCAUGUAAGGGUACUAAUGAAGUGUGAGGAUUGAAUGUAAGGGUGAAGAUAGUGUUUUUCCUGCAUUUGUUAAAGGACUCAUUACUUCGGCAUGUUAUGUAAAUAUUACCCAUGGCUCAUCCUUUUCAUCCUCAAGUGUGGAGGUGUUAAAGUUGUCAAGCAGCGACUAAAGGAAUACUCA